UGCCUGUUUUUGUUCGUUGUUUAUCUGUAGAAUGCCAAGGCAACCCCUUUUUUUCUUCCCCUUAUAACCCCACUCUUUGACAAAAACUUCUGCAACUGUACUGCAACCAAAACAAAAAAAAAAAAUCGAAAUUAGCGCCCCUUCCAUCUUCUCUUCUUCUUCUUCAUCUCUUCUCUUCUCUUUCUUUUACUUCACCUUUUAAUCUGGGCACUGGGUAUUGAGUGGUGGGUAUCUUAGCCAUGGAAGCUUCCUCUCCUAUCUCACUUCAACAAACCCCUCUUCAAGACCAUAAUCUUCUAAAUUCUUCUCCAAAACCUUACAAAAAAAGCUUCGUUACUACCUUAAUGGAGGCCGCCACUCUUCGCACUCCCUCUUUUAAAGAAGACACUUAUUUCAUUUCCCAUCUCAAAUCUUCGGAGAAAAAAGCUCUUCAGGAACUUAAAGACAGACUCUCGGUUUCUUAUAGUGGGUCUGAAAGUGAAUGCUCCAUGUGGGGGAUUCCUCUUUUGGGUAAUGAAGAAAAAGCUGAUGUUAUUCUCUUGAAGUUCUUACGAGCUAGAGAUUUUAGAGUUACUGACUCUCUUAAUAUGCUUGAGAAAUGUUUGGGUUGGAGGAAAGAGUUUGGUGCAGAUGAUAUCUGUGAAGAGGAUUUGGGUUUUAAGGAACUUGAAGGUGUUGUUGCUUAUAUGCAUGGAUAUGAUAGAGAAGGUCAUCCUGUUUGUUAUAAUGCUUAUGGAGUUUUUAGAGACAAAGAAAUGUAUGAGAAAAUAUUCGGAGAUGAAGAGAAACUUAAAAAGUUUCUUAAAUGGAGAGUUCAAGUUCUUGAAAGAGGUAUUAAGCUUUUGCAUUUUAAGCCUGGUGGUGUUAACUCUAUUAUUCAAGUUACUGAUCUUAAAGAUAUGCCCAAACGAGAACUUAGAGUAGCUUCUAAUCAGAUCCUCUCUCUCUUUCAAGACAAUUACCCAGAAAUGGUUGCUCGUAAGAUUUUCGUCAAUGUGCCAUGGUACUUUAGCAUGUUAUAUUCGAUGUUCAGUCCGUUUCUAACUCAGCGAACAAAGAGCAAAUUUGUCAUCUCCAAGGAAGGAAAUGUUGCAGAGACUCUGUACAAAUUUGUAAGACCAGAGGACAUUCCAGUUCAGUAUGGAGGACUAAGCCGACCCAACGAUUUACAGAAUGGCCCACCCAAACCAGCUUCGGAAUUUACUGUAAAAGGAGGAGAGAAAGUGAACAUUCAGAUCGAAGGGAUUGAGGGUGGUGCAACAAUUACAUGGGACAUAGUGGUCGGAGGAUGGGAGUUGGAGUACAGUGCAGAGUUCGUGCCAAAUGCAGAAGGAAGCUACACCAUUGCUGUCGAGAAAGCAAGGAAGAUGAGCUCAUCGGAAGAGGCAAUUCAUAACUCUUACACACCAAGGGAAGCUGGAAAAAUGGUGCUGUCCGUGGAUAACACUGCAUCUAGAAGAAAAAAGGUUGCUGCUUACCGAUACAUCGUUCGCAAAUCCACUGUCGUUUAGCUUGGCAUUAACUCUAAUAAUAGUAGUUUUGUUUUAUUUUAUUUUUUUAUUAUGUUGCUAAUUUUGAGAGGUUAAGAAUUAAUGGUUGUUGUGAGCUUAAAACUACGUUUUAGUCUUAUAUUUGACAGUGUACUAAUGUAAUGUAUAAAAAAAUGGUGGCUACUAUAUAUA